AUGCAGGAGCCAAAAUCUUUUCUAAUAAGAGAUCUGCUUGGGGAUGUACUCGCUGAACGUGUUCACGAUGAGUCGGGUGAUGAUUCAGCACUCCAUUCAGAUUCUGAAGACACGAUUGACCCCGGCCACAGCCCUUGUACCCGACUGAGGACUUCUCCACCUGUACUCUCUCCCUCGCCAGGUCCCAUGCAAAAUUGUGGACCGUCCGCAAGUGCCACUAGCAAUCGAAAACCUCGACGAAGACGCACGGCUUUUACUCAUGCACAAUUGGCAUAUUUAGAGCGUAAAUUUAGGUGUCAAAAAUAUCUCAGUGUCGCCGAUCGCAGUGAUGUUGCUGACGCAUUGUCCUUAUCUGAAACCCAAGUAAAAACUUGGUACCAGAACAGAAGGUAA